CAUAGUCAGUGAUUCAAAGUGAUCAGUUCAUUUAUUUCGUUUUUCUGUCGUGCAUUUUUUUUAUGUGCUCGUCGUUGAGUACGUUUGAACUUUGUCUGAAGUGAAAAUAAACAUCGCGAACCAGCCUCGAUAAUAUUCAAAAAACGGCCUCUGGUGCAAUAAAUAAAGAAUUUUGUGAUUAUUAUUAUUAUUUUUUUCGUUCGGUUGUUGCAUUUCGAUGUGCAUCGAAAGUGCAAUGGUAUGUGAGAACAUUCAGCGUGCAUUGUGCGACUAGAAUGUAAAUGUGAACAAACUAAAACUAAAUACCGAUUGUCGGGCGAUUUAAAAGAGAAGAAGAAGGAGAACGAGAGAGAAAAAAAUACAUCGAGUUUACCUGGUUUUACCCAGACACCAAGAAUCAACUCAACAACACAAAAGAGAAACACACAACAAAACAUCAACGGAGAUAGAGAGAGAAAGAUAAAAAAGAAACUCAUAUGCAACAGUUCUUUAUGUGCCUUUGCAUCGAUUCAUAAGCGUAUGUGUUUUUCUUUGUUUAUUAUUCAUCGCUCAAUGUGUUUACUGCCGUGUGCGAUUGCUUGACCGUGAUUGACAACGAAAUCGACAAAUAAAGCAUUUUGUUUGAUUGAAACAUUCAUAUUUUAUGAUCAGUGCUUUUUUUGGUAUUUAUAGACAAAAAAAUCAACAUUUUUGGGAAUAAAUACAUCAGCAAACACGGAAAUUAAACCAAAAAUACAGUUUUUUCUUCAAUUCAAGGACCGAUGGAAUUUUAAACAGUUUAAUAAUAGGAAAAUUUCUUGAGUAAUGGUUUAUGAUUGAAACUGUCGAAAUAUUGUACAAGUUCGUGGUUCAAAUGCCCAAAAAAAUAUGAAAAAUCUCGAAAAAUUCCAAAAGUUUGAUUGAAAAAGUGAAAAAAUCAUUUAAUUUGAUUAAUUAAAAAAAUGUGAAAAUUCCAGCAUAAAAACUUCCGAACAUCGAUUGUUGUGAAAACCCGAAAACUAUUAGAAAAUUUGAAAUCAUCCAGACUCCAUAGUUCUUCGAAAAAAAAUCUAGUUUCGUACAAAAUACAGCAUUUUUUGAAAAUAAAGAGGCAAAGAGUCGAUUUUCUUUCCUCUAAGGUGUCAAUUUUAGAAUAAAUUUGAAAUCUACAUUUUUCAUUUUAAAAAAAUUGUAAAAUUUGUUCAACAAAUUUGAGUAAUCCCCGGAAAUAGUUUUGUGCAACGCAAAAUUGUGGUGGAUUAUUCAAAAACAGAGGUGAAUCAAUGCAGUGUGUGAAAUAAUAUGUGUUUGGUGAAUCAGUGAGUAAAAAAACGAAAUUUCUAAGAAGGGAAAAAAUCGUCAGUGACCAAAAAAAGAAUAACCGAAUGACAAAAGUGUUUAUCGAAAAUAAAAAAUCUCUUUCAAUUAAGUGACGAAUAAGAAAAAAAGAAAUAGUCGUGACAAAUCGUAUAAAUCGAGAUUUAGAAACGGAUAAGCGUUGUUUGAAGUGAGAGGAAAAGAUUGCUUCGAUGAGAUAAUCACGGUAGUCUGGGCAACCAACCAAAUCACGCAGUAUAACAUCGGACUGCGGGAUCUCCAAUUGGAUACAAUACUUUUUGCUAAAAAGUAUUCAAACGUUUAUUCCAAGAACCAUGAUGAUGGAUCGAUUUUUCACAAAAUCAAUGUGCCGUCAAUUGAUGGCACUGGCACUAUUAUCGUUAAUUUGCAUGUCUGACGGUCAUUUGAUUAAAAAACGACACGACGGAAGUGUUGUUUCGAAUGGCAACGAAUCGAAUCCACAACCAGAAAUUGAUGAAGCAUCCGAGACUGAUGCCGAAGGCAUUCACAGUGGCAUAGAGGUGACAAAUAAUGGAAAUGACAAUAAUGAUGUAAAUAACACGCCGGAAAUAAAAGUGACAAGCACAACCGAUGUAAAUAAUGGCAUUGAACAAAAUUUUACCGGCAACACCAAUAGCACCAAUCAAACGGUCAACGAGACAAUAGCAUCGAUCAAUGGCACCAAUCAAACGGUCACCAAUUUACAAAAAGCGAAUUUUACCAAAGAAAUUAGUCAAGACGAUUCCGUAGAAAAUAAAUUGCCAUCAAAACUUAGCGAUAAGUCAGAGCCAGUUGCAAAGCCAAUAGCUCGAAUAGCCGCUGUUUCAUUGAAGGAUGACGAAAACAAAGAAAUUCAAUCAACUCGAACUCAACCAUCAAAUCCUUCCGAAAAACCAAAGAGACUUGACACAACAUUUGCACGAUCAACCGAACGCACGGUUGCUGCUGACAUCGAAGUCAGUACAGUGCCGGUAAGUCAGUCAACCGCAUCGAUUCUAUCGACAAUUGUACAAUCGCCAAAAAUUGCGGCGACCGAAAAAAUUCCAUCGCGAAUUUCAUCAAUUUCAAUGCCAGAGAUGACGGAAAAACGUGCAAAAUUUUUAAGUGAAAAACUCGAGACGUCAUCACCAUCAACGGCUCACAAUCCCGAUGCAUCGUGGUCGAAUCUGAAGACCGUUGGUGAAGUACAUCAUAAUAAUGUGACGUUGGGCAUUAAAUCGGUUAAUGGAAAAUUGGACAGUGAAGAAGUGGCCGAAAGUAGCCAUUCAUCUGAGUCGGCAGCCGCACAAAAAGACGGCGAAGAACAUGAAACACAAUUACAAAAAUCAAACUCGAGUCAAAUUUCCGAUGUUUCUGACGAUAAUUCGUUGAGCUCAUUACAGUCCUCGUCAUCAUCGCAUCGACCCACAAAUUCGGUGACGCCAAAAAUUAAAACAACCGAAUUUGAUGAAUCCAAACAGGCGGUGGACAAAGAGCAACCAACUGAAAUUCCAAAGACAAAAGUUACGGAUGUGAUGCAAACCACGAAGGUCACGGAAUUGAAGGAAGAACAUCCGAAAAUCGUUGACGGAUCCACGGCAGCUGGCAUUAGCUCAACUCCAUCUGGUGUAAGUCCAUCAGUGUUAAAUUCGACCGAACGUUCAAAAGCUGAAGAAAGUACGGAAAGAGUGACUGAAAAUGUGACAGAACCCGCGACGGAAAAAGAUGUCUAUACAACGACCGAAGAGGAUGAACCAACCACAACGAUCGAAGUAGAAACUGUGAUGCCAAAUGACACGACGACCUUAAGUCACAUUCCAACGGUGAAAACUAAAGAAAAUUUGGUCGUAGAAACAACAACAGCAACAGCAAUGAUCCCGACAACCGAAACAACAGACGUUCCAACGACAAUUUAUGUUAGUUCACCCAAAGAAGAUGAGAAUAAAGUGCAUCACGAGUACAUUGAAAAUGUGGUACCUGUUCAACCUACCGAAUCGAUUCAAUCAAAUCAAUCUUUUUCAAUCAAUUCGAAUACAACGCCCAUGGUCGAAAUCGAGUCAACAACUCCCGAAAUAACAAAGGUAUUCGUUCAUCCAACGAAACCAAUCACCACAAAAGCAAAUUCAACCGAAAUAAAUCAAAAAGUCAUCAAUGAUGGAAAAGUACGUGAACCGAUUUUCAGUUCGACAUCAACAACGGAACGAAGUGUAACGACAACAGUACUCCCAGUCAAUGAAUCAACCGACGCACCACUGCUGCAAACCACUACCUUCGUUUCGGUGCAACCAAAAUCACCACCAGAAACCGAUACCGUUACACCAGAAUCACUGCCACCAGAGCACACCGAAGGUGUGGCACAAGGUGAAAUCGGCGAACCGGCCGAUGUAAACGCAAUGAUUGCCAUUGGCAUCAGUCUUGUUGCUGUGAUUACAUUGAUUUUACUCGUUGGUUUUUUGUUGGUCAUGCGAAAACGACAAAAACAAUUGACCUACGGUCAAAGAUGCCGACCGAUUGGCCUGGACGCAUACAGUUUGGAUAAUAUUUCGGUGUACAACAGUGUAAGACGGAAGAGUGCAAUGCGAACAUCAAAACGUGCUUUUGGGAAUGCCGGUUUCGAUGAUCCUGGACUGAAGAAUAACCCAUUGAGCAUUUCACAAUUGGCAACAUUCUCACAGAAACGCGUUUCGAUCAAUGAAGAAUUCAAAGAUAUUCCCACAGUAACUGCACGCAUUGAAGAGGUGCCCGUUGGAUGCGAGGAUAAGAAUAGAUACGCAAAUGUGGUACCACUGCCGGAGAGUCGUGUCCAUUUGAAGCAAGUCGAUGACGACGAAAAAACCGAAUACAUUAAUGCAAACUUUGUAAAAGGUCCCAAAGAUACAACCCAUUACUAUAUUGCUUGUCAAGCCCCACUCGAGCAUACCGUCAUUGAUUUUUGGCGUAUGAUCUGGGAACAAAAUUCACGCGUCAUUAUUAUGGCCACCGAUUUAACGGAAAAUGGCAUUGAAAAAUGUGCCGAAUAUUUACCAUCGUCGUUUGUAAUUGACAAUCAUGUCACGUUCGGUGACUAUCAAAUCACAUUGAAAAAUCGUGAAGUUCGUGAUAAAUACGCGAUGUCAACGGUUCAUUUGAAAAAUGAAUGCACAAAAACAUGGCGAGAAAUUACACACUUUUGGUAUCAAUGGCCAGAGAAUGGUGUGCCAAUCGAUGAAGCUAGUGUUAUUGCUAUGUUGUUGGAGGCGCGUAGCUACUUGAAAAUGGUUACACCAGAACAAAGCGAUAAAAGUGGACAAGCAGAAAGCGAUCUCGAUAGUAAAAUCGGCAAUGGCAACGCAGAUAAGACCAAAUCAUUGCAACGGGUUCAAGGACCGUUGACAGUGCACUGUUCACCGGGAACUGGUCGUACAGGAACAAUCAUCGCAUGUGAUAUUGCAAUUAGAUCACUUGAGCAACCAGCACGAAAUGUCGAUGUGCCGCAAAUUGUCUAUUUCGUUCGAAGAGGUCGUGCCAGUGCCGUUCAAACACGCGAGCAAUACGAAUUUAUCUAUAAAGUGGCUCAUGUGUAUGCAACAAAAUUAACGGGUCCAGUGAAUGAUAAUUGAGUCGUUCAUACGUGUUCAAGGGGCAUUCGUGCAAAGAGUGCAAUCUCCACAAUUUCCUGAAGCCAAGCGGUUAAUCAAUUACCCUCUCAAACGAACUGAAGAACUAAAAAUCCGAUGACGACAAAAAAGUUUCAAGACGAAUUCAUGGUCAUUUGGAAGCUUUGUGGCAUCUUUGUCAUUUGUGACAAAAAAGAAAUUUAUACUUUUAGUAAAUUUAUUGCAAAAGAAACCAAAAUAUAAUUUGCAUAGUUUAAGGAUCACAUCUGUAAUAAUGAAAAAUGUAAAAAAAAACUCAAUUGAGUAUAUUUCAAGUAGUGCUAAGAUUUUGGGACCAUAUAUUGUGAUAAAAAUUGGCUUGCUCGCCCAUAUCAUUGCAGCUUGUAAAUACUGUAAAAUUAUUAGCUAUUCCCAUUGGCAAGUUAUUUAGUUAAUCUAGAGAGAACUAGUAUCUGAAACAAAAAUUGGCUUGAUAUUGGUCGAUUUGACGUGCAGCUGCAUCGAGAACACACAGAAUACGCGUGCGUUAGAGAAAAUUGCAUCACAUUGAAUAGGUGUUAAGGAAAGGUUUAUUAGUCAAAGAGUGGCAUAAAAGGGCAUGAGCCCAAUGCCAAAUUAUGCUAUACGUAACGUGUAAAUUUAGUCGAAUUUAUUAGAAUGUUUCCAUGAAUUGAGCUAAACCGAAAAUAUUUAAAACAGUAUCGCAGUCGAUAUGAAAUUCGGAGUUUUUUUUGUGUAAAUAUUUAGCAACUAUUGAUCAAGACCAUUCCACUCAAAAUCAAUGAUAUUUUUUUUUUAAACGUAUUAUUAUAUAAAAUUAUCAAUGAACAAUGAUAUUCAAACAUUCCAUGAACCGAA